GUCAUCAGACGCCUCUUGCGGCUCAGCGGAGCCCCUGAAACUACCUGUCCGGUUUCAGAUGCUCUGGUUGCGGAGGAGCCAUGCAAGAAGCGGCGAGAGGAGGAGGCUUCUGUUGAAACAAUCACAAGGUAUUUUUCACCACUGGCAAAAGCAGUGGAUAAAGCGUUGUCACCACCAAAACCCAGUAACAUCAUGGAUUAUUUUAAGAAGACAGGUAUAACUGAGAAAGCUGCAUUACCAGUUGUAGCUGGAGAAAAUAGAAGCCUGUUGGAUGCUGAUGACAAAGACUGUAAGUCACCUCUUAAACCAUCUUUAAAGCGCAAGAGGAAAGGGAGGAGAGUUAAUUUAAAUAAUAAGGUAAGAGACAUGAGAGAAGCUGAGAAUAAGCAUCAAACAGAAGUUAACGAUGACAGCACAGAAACAACAGGACUGAAACAAGACACUAGUGAUUUUAUUGCUACGUGUACUUUAAUUGACCAAAAAUGUGCAAAAGAUUUAGUAGAAGAGAACAUGCCAAGAGAGAGCUCCUCAAACGCUGUCAUCUACAGGAAAAAAGCAAAGAAAGUUGGUUCUGAAGUGAAUGGAACAAAAAAUAGUGUAAGAAAAUCAAGGAAAAGGAAGCACAAAGUAAACAUGGAUUUGUCAGAAAGUUUUUCUUCUGAAAACCAGAUGAAUGAGACGCACAAAAAGGAAAGUGAGGAUAACAAAAAGGUGAUGUGUCCUACAACAGCAGGGUGUGAUACUACCAUCAGUGACUCCAGUUUUGAGGGUCAUGCAGAUGAUGAGACAUCACAGGUGAAUAACAGUAUAAUAACAGUGUCAUUUGAGGAUUUCUUGAAGAGUCAGGGAGAAAAUAAUGUAGAUCCUGUUGAAGACCCCAAGCCAACGAUGGCAAAUUCUGCUACAGGAAGUGAUAGUAUUUGUGACCCAGAGAAGUGUGAGGAAUCUCAGCAGCCACCACUUAGAACAGUAACUGUCCUUGCCCAAGUUCAUGCCAUUCCCCCCAAAUUAGCUCCAUUACAUAAGGGGCAAAAAGGCUCCAGGAAAAUAGCUUCCAUUUUUUUGAAACAGAAAGGAUGUGCAGGGGAAAAAGAAAGCAGCCCACCUCUCUUGGACAGUGAACAAUGUGAGCAGGUUACUCAGAAAAGGAAAUCUAAUGUAGUUAUUGAGGAAGAAGAAUUGGAGUUAGCUGUACUGGAGACUGCAGGGUCAGAUUCUUUGAAGCCAAAAUGUACUCUGGAAGAAAGGCAUCAGUUUAUGAAGGCGUUUAGACAACCAACAUCAGAUGUGAUAAAAAGUGGCAUUAAAAAGGCACCUGCAAAGCAAAAACAAGCCAUUGGGAAGUCUUCAAAAGAAAAAGAAGGGCCUGAAGAUGAUGUUACUUCAAAUAAAGGAUUGGGAAGUGGAAUGACAGAAGAUUUUGUGGACAAACGUACACAAUGUAGUCCUGAAAACAUCAGAACCAAACCAAAAAGACCUAAAAAGCUUCCAAAAAAAGGAAAUAGAAGAAGGAAGGCUUCAGAAGCGAAGGACACUGAUGUUUUGAAUACAAGCAAUUCUAACAAAGAUGAGGACUCAGAAGUUACUGUUCUUUCCAAGGAAAACAUCUUAGAUGUAAGAAUCCCAUCAAGUCCGAAAGUGAAGGAGUUAAGGAGGAGUUUAAGGCAGAAGAAAGUCAAACUAUCAAAAAACGUUACACCUAAGAAGCCCAGGAUGAGACAGAUGUUUUCUGCAGGUGAAUUAAGUGUCUGUCCCUUGCAGACCUCUACCCCCAAGGCCAGCAAGCGAUCCUUGAAGAGCAGCAGUGUGUAUAAAGCCGAGGUGAUUACCGUGCCCUUUGAUAGGAACAGCCCGAUAAGAAUGAGGUUUACACGAAUCAAUGCAACUACAAAGUCAAAUAAAGGUGAAGCAGUGAAAAAUGAAGAGUUUAACUCCAGAAAUACAAAGGUAAGCUCUACUUCUAAGAAUAUAUCCAAAGCAAAACAGCUGCUUGAAAAAGCAAAGGCCAUACAGCAUAACAGAUCAAAGGUUAACGAAGACGUGACGACUCCUGUGAGGCGCUCCUCUCGCCAGCAAGCUCUGGCUGAGAAGAAGAAACUGCAGGAAAAUGAAGAAUCAGUAAUAAUUUUAGAUUCAAGCCUGAGUGACGCCACUACCACAGAGCAGAAUGAGAAGCAAAAGAAUCUUCGGAGCUUAAAUGAUGUUUUGGGGAAAAAGUCUAGAAACUUGAAAGGUGUAAAGAAAUCAAAUGGAAAACAGGGAUAUCCAUCUUCCUUCCUGGGCAGAAACACUCAAAACCCUGCAAGUGAACCAAUUGUGAUCUUUGAUGAAAGCAGCCAAGAUGCAUCUGAAAACUCUCAAGAUGAUGAUCAGUUCAGAGCUAAACGUGAAUUCUUGAGGAGUGGAUUGCCAGAGUCACUGAAAAGACAGAUUGCAAAGAAAGCAGCAGCAAUGGAAGCAUACACUCUUGCCAGUUCAUGUUUUCAGACUGUUGUCCAUGUACAGCAGAAGGAUGACUGUUAUCCAAUGUGGAAAUUGAAAUCACCCUCAUGUCCUCUAUUAACUAAGCUCAGGGAACUGAAUACUGAAGUCACAAACGUCACAAAAAUCACUCUCUCGCUUGGUGAAUUUUCCACUGUCAACUCAAAACUAACUGAGGACUGUUCUGCAUCUGUGCUUUCUGGCCACCGAUCCCUUUUUCCUGAUACAUCCAGGAAGGAUUUACUAGAUGAGAUCAUCUCUUCUAAUUCUCAGUUUCCUGUGAGAAAAUACUUCUACAAGCUUCUGAAAAAGCAAACAGAACGGUUGGGUGUUGAAAACAGUGUAGAAGAAAGCAGAGAUGGGACUGCAAAUUCUGAGGAAAAUCAGAAACGUUCUGACAAGUGGAAGGAGACUAAAAGGAAAAGGAAAGAAACAGAAGACCACAAAUCAAAAAGAAGAAAACAAAUUGAAGAUACAGAGACUGAAAUAAAAUCCAGAGUUUCCAGGAACAUUAUUUCACCCAUAUCAGGAGAAAAACAAACAGAGACAGGACAAGCAACACAUUGGGGAAAAACCAAGACACAGGGAGCAGAUGAGACAGAAGACACUGAAUAUUUAUCAGUGCCAAAUGCACUUUCAGGUGUUGAAAAGGAAGAUGUGCUCUGGACAGAAAAAUAUCAGCCCCAAGAUUCCAGUGAGCUCGUAGGCAACAAGAAAGAAAUUGAAAGGCUCCACAGUUGGUUAAAAGAAUGGAAAAAAAGAGCUGAUUGGGAAGAAAAAAGGAAUCAGAAGGGGGAAAAGGAAGACAAAGAGCAUCAAGAUUCUUUGGACAGCCUUGACUUCAGAGAUAGUAAAUCUGAUCUUGAGGAAGAGAUGAGCCUUUGCAAUACAGUUCUGAUAACUGGCCCACCAGGGGUGGGCAAAACUGCUGCAGUAUAUGCUUGUGCUCAGGAGCUUGGGUUUAAGAUAUUUGAAGUCAAUGCCUCUUGCCAGCGCAACGGGAGACAGAUACUGUCUCAACUCAAAGAAGCUACUCAGUCUCAUCAAGUGGACAAAAAAGGUGUUAAUGCACAUAAGCCUUGCUUUUUCAACAGCUGUAGCAGUAGCAAGUCACCAAAAAAAAUGUAUUCUCCAAAGAAAGUUGUUUCACCAAGAAAACCUCCACUGUCACCAAAAGGAGCAGGACUGAAACGAGGCUUACCCCCUAAAACACUUGCAAACUACUUCAAAAUUUCCUCUAAACAUAAAGCCAAUGAUGGAGCAGUACCAGCUCAAGACAAAUACAAAGGAGUUACUCACAAUUCAUGUGAAGAAAAGAAAGAUGCUCAAAUUAAGUCAGUAAACAAAGAAGUUGAAGGAGGAGAACACAACAGGAAAAGUGCAACAUCUCUCAUUCUUUUUGAAGAGGUAGAUAUAAUAUUUGAUGAAGAUGCAGGAUUUCUAAGUGCAAUAAAGACAUUCAUGGCAACUGCAAAGAGACCUGUAAUUCUUACUACCAAUGAUCCAACAUUCAGCUUAAUGUUUGAUGGCUGUUUUGAAGAGAUCAGCUUUAGAACUCCUUCCUUGAUGAGUGCUGCUAGCUAUCUUCAGGUGCUGUGUCUGGCUGAGAAUCUGAGAACAGACGUGAAAGACUUGGCUGCUCUGCUAACCACAAAUAACUGUGACAUCAGACAAAGUGUGCUCUACUUACAGUUUUGGGUUAGAAGUGGAGGUGGAUGCUUGAAAGACAAACCUUUGGCACAUCAUGGAGGAGAUGAGACAAAUCAAGCAGAUCACAUAGUUCAUUCUGAAAAGACUACUGAUUCCAAGGUUGAUUUUUCUCAAGCUGAUGCACGUCUUCAGGAGUUUCCAAAAUGUGAUACAGGCUGUGUAGAGACGUUGCUUGGCCUUAAGAACAUCCUCUCACCUUCAGAAGAUUUGUUUACAUUUCUUAAGCACAAAAUCACAACCAUGGACAAAUGGAAUAAAUUGGUGCAGCUUCUCACAGAAUUCCAGGUGAAGAAAGUGGAUUUUAUAUAUAGUAAUCUUGAACUGAUUCUUCCCUUGCCAGUGCAAGUUCUUUCAAACCAGUCUGAAGCCUCUAACUCUGUACUUGAAAGGACUACUGUAGUUUCUUCAAAAACCAGAUCUGCUAACAGUUACUGCUCUGGAAAAAAAUCUAAAAAGACAAAGAACCAGAAAAGGCUUGAGGUGUUGGAUGAUAGUGACUUGUUUGAUGCUGGACUGAACUAUUCAGCCGAAUUCAUAACUUUGCCAUCAGAUAUUCCUCCAUGUGCUGAAGUGAAUAAAGAGGAAUCAAAUUUAUUGGUGAAUAAAGAAGAGGAAAAAGAAAUUGAUACUAAAACCUCAUCAUAUGAGAAAAGUUCUGCUCUUGUCUCUCAGUGUCUGAAUUCACUGACUGAAUUUGUGGACAACAUGUCUUUCUUGGAUGGUUGUGUUAACACCAACAGCAAGGAGCCACUGGAGUUUUCUAAAGAUGAAGGAUUUAAUUGGACAAAUGGCAAAAUCAAAAAUGGUCUUUCUGAUGAGUUCAGUAUAGAAAGUACUGAUUGGUGGAGUUCUCAGUGCUGUAGUGAAAUUAAGGCAGCUAUAGAAGCACUCAGUUUUAACAAAUGUUCCGUUAAUAUUUCACAAAACUGGGAAUCUUUGAGUGCUGGUAAAACACCUGGAAGUGAUCAGCUGGAGGGACUGACUUUGCAUAUUUCACACACAAGAAAUUGCACAUCCUUCAGUCAGUCAACGGAUUCAAGCAUUCAUGAAAAAGCACAGAAGAGGCUGGCAGUCAUCAGCACUGUAUUUUCCAGAAGCCCUUUAAACCUGGGCAAUAAGCAAGCCAGCAUACUUGAAUACCUCCCCACUCUUCGCAGUAUCUGUAGGUCUGAGAAGCUUAAGGAGCAAGGGAAGACUAAAAGAAGGUUCUUGCAUUAUCUUGAAGGGAUUCAUCUUGAAAUAUCUAGACAAAUGAUAAAUGGUCUGUCCUUGGACUUUCCUUAAGGUUGCUAACACCAGAAGUACUUUGUGCCUAAUGGUGGUGUUUUCACCAUAGUUUAAUUUUUUGCCAUGUUAUUUUAUUGUAUAUUCAGAGCCAUUUGUAUAUUAAAUUUCUAUAAGUAUUUAAAAUAAUGUAUAUAUAUCUAUUGUCAUGAUAUUGCACCCCACAGCUGAAAUGUGGGGUUGUUUGGUGCUUGUCCAGCAAGUGCAUUUGUAAUACUAAAUGCACAAACUCAUCCAUGGGGGACCAGUUUACACUCUCUUUCUCUUGUAAUGUGUGUAUCACAUAGGAAGAAGUCCUUUUGUAACAACCAACUCUCACAACUUCCACAGAAAAGUUGCUUUUAUUUCUGAGGAGACCAUUUAAUUAAAAUAAGCUUGUCUCUGUCUGAAUUUGCAGUUAAGGGAUAAAUCACUCGGGAUGGGAGGGGCCAGGGAGAGGAUGCAACAAGUCUUCCAAAGUGCCAAAGACUCAAACCAACUGACAAUAACAACUGGGUAUCAAAGUCUUGACAAAGUCUUUGCACUGUGCCUCAAUGUACAUGUAUUUGUUAAUUUCAUUAUUUACAGCUGCAAGAUCUGCACGUUCAUCUCCUGAAAAGGUAGAGAAAUGAUUACUGUAGCUCAAGAUGGUCUCAGAGAUUAGGCAAGAUUUUGUACAUAACAAUUAAACCAGUGUUACUUUGGUUUCAGUAAUAUUUAACUACUUCUAGUCUUGUAUAUUGUGUUCUAUUUUUAUACAUCAUUUUGUAUUUGACAAGACUUCAGCCUGAUUUGUGAUUGAAUCCCUUUUUAUAUGACAAUAAAUUUGUGAGACUUUGCUACAAUUCUGAAUGUUUAGAUUGUAUGAAAAGGAAGACCCUGAACACUUAAUGUUUUCAAGUCCAUAAAGAUGAUGUUGAAGGGGUUUUUUUUUUAACUGGAAAUAUUUCAACCAUGUACUUGUCCACCUUUAUAUUGCAGUUGGACUGUUUCUCUUCCUCAAACUGAGAUUGGUGCCAUGCAGUGGUAUUCCACUUACCUCAAUGUCUCUGCAAUAAUAAGGAAAGACAUUUUCUAGUACAUUCUGGUUUGAUCUUUAUAUUUUUCAUCUCUUAAAGGCAUUCAGGAAUGAGAACUAUUUAUGAAAACAGUAAAUUAUUUGAAACUUUUGUACUGUAGAUAAUAAUCUUUAUAGUUUACUCUUUCUGUAGCCCAGAAUUGUCCAAUAUGAAUGAAAGCAAGUGCUGGCUGUUAAAAGCUUAAUAGGUUCCAUUGUUGUAUCAAUGGUCAGAGC